UUGAAUGUUCACCUAGUUAUACACUUUACUAAUGCCGUGGCAGAAAAUGGUCUAUAUACACUUUUUUUAACGCCAUGUAACCCUGGUUAGACGAAUAAAAACAUAAAAGUACAUGAUCUCUCCGUUUCUAAAUAAAUAUCACUUUACCAUUUUUCACACAGAUUAAGAAAGUAGUGGAAAUAUAUGUAAUUUGUUAUUAAUUAUAUCUCUCUGACCGAUAGUAUUUGAGAUAAAUAAAAUUAUUUAUAAAAUUAAUGUAGUUUUUAAUUUAUUUCAGUUGAAAAUAAGUGUAAUUUGUAUUGGAAUUGUAAAAUAAUAUUUUUUUUGUAACAAGAAAAAAAAAGUUAAAAUUAUACUUAUUAUGAAAUAAGGAGAGUAGAAGUUAGUGCACGUACGCUUCGUUGAAAAAGUUAUAUCAUUGUCUAUGCCAAUGAAGGUUUAAUUGCCGUGGUUAAGCUGUAAACCUCACAUCCGUGACGAUAAAAUGUCAUAGCAAGUUUGACGUUAGAUUUCCCGUAACUUUUUUGAGGAAAAGGACUUACAAUAGUUAUGUUUUCUCUUUUCCCCCUUCAAAAUAUUUUCUUCUUCUUCUUUAAUUUUCCUUUUGUGCACUGUUUUUAUAUAUAGUUUCAUAUAAUUCUAAUUCGGACGGAAAGGGGAGAGAGAAGAUAAACAAACAGUCAGCAGGGUUUUGCGGGGGAGGUACGAGUGGAAAUAAACAAACGAGUGCCAGGGCCGGUUCAUGGGUCUAUAACUUUUUUGUGUGUUGCUUUAAAGGUCUAUUCAAUCUGUUAAAAUUAUCAAAAAAGUUUAUAAUUAAGUAAACAGAAUUUACUUAUUAAAAACAAAACAAUAAUAAAUCUAUAUUUUCACUAUUAGUUUUGAGAUAUUUUUUUUUAUUUGUCUCAGGUCUUACAGAUCAAGUUAAAAAAAAUAUAGAGAAAACAAUAUAGAAAAUAUUUAUAAAAAUGUUCAUAUUGUGUAUUUCGCCCAAGGCUAUUAUUAUAUUUGUUAAGACGGCACUGACGAGUGCUCCAAUAGAGAAAACGAAUAUUAACAUACAUAAUGGACGUUACUCUUAAGAAAAUUACUAAACGUAAAAAAAAAAAAUUACUAAAAGUAAUGUCAUCUUAUUUUUCUUUUUCUUGUAUUUUUUUUUUCUUUUAAACAUACAUAGUGAGUGAUAUUUAUGUGAUGGGGAUUCACUCCAACUGGAAGAUAACUGUAGUGAAAUGCCCAAAGCAAAAGAUCUUCAUGGGACUCUCUCUGUCUUAAAAGCCUCUCUCUCCCUCUCUCUCUCUCUCUCCCCACAGAAAACCCAGCAAUUUCCACUUUCAGAGAUCAAAAUUGUGUUGUCCAAAAUUGACGACGAGAGACUAAUUCCAAGGCAUUUGCAGUCUCUUAAUCCAUUUCUCCUCAUCAUUUAAUUACUCUCAAAAUCUCCAAGCAAGGAAAAUAUUUGACUCUUUCUUGGAUCUCUUUGGGGUGUGUUGUGUGUGUUAUGUGGAUUAUCCCUGGGGAAAUAAAUGGCAGGAUUCUUUUAUCUAGGAGGGAGAGACAACAACAAGCAAGAUCUUCAUCAAGUGGACAAGAGCAGUUAUCUUUAUCUCUACAAGGACGAGAUUUAUAACACCAACAAGGGUUUCGAGAUUUGGCCUCCUCAAUACUUCCAAGAACAACAUCAACAACAUCAACAACAACAUGUCACAGCUCCUGCAAACUUUUACUCCUUUGGAAUGGUCCCAAGCGGAAGCAGCAGCAACAACAACAACAAUAACAGGAGCCGGAGUUUACACUUCAACGUAGUCUCCGAUCAUGAGCCGGGAGGAUUCACGGUAACAAGACAAGGAAGUAUGAAUUGUCAAGAUUGUGGGAAUCAAGCUAAGAAAGAUUGUCCUCAUAUGAGAUGUAGAACAUGUUGUAAAACCCGAGGCUUUCACUGUCGGACUCACGUUAAGAGCACUUGGGUUCCUGCUGCUAAACGCCGUGAGCGUUUAGCUCAACUCGCCUCCUUGCAGCACCGUUCAGCCUUCAGCCGUGAAACGCAAAAGGCAAAACGCCUACGAGAAGCAAAUGGUGGUGGUGAUAAUGUUGAUAAAGACCAUAGUGGUAGUGCUGGAUCGGCUAUUGCUACCCGUGUGCCGAAUGCUAAUUCUAAUUCAGGGUUUGAGGUGAGUCAAAACUUACCACCGGAAGUUAGCUCACCGGCGGUUUUUCGAUGCGUUCGAGUGAGCUCGAUGGAAGAGGAUGAAGAUGAUCAAGAAUAUGCUUAUCAAACGGCUGUGAACAUUGGAGGACAUAUCUUCAAAGGCAUUCUUUAUGACCAAGGACCAGAACAAGAUCACCAUCACCAACUUAACCUCCUUGCUCCCACAGCCACAACCACCAAUGCUGAAGAGACUGCUGCUAAAACGGCGGUUACUGUUGCCGGAAACAAUAAUACUGGAUUAAUACUCGAUCCUUCAUCGCUUUAUCCGGUUCAGCUUAGCUCCUACAUCUCCGGUACGCCAUUCUUCACACCUCCAAGGUCUUGAGAUUCAGACACAAUUAUUGAAUAUUAUUUCAUCUUUACAACGUAAUUGUAAUAAGAGACCUUUGUAUUCGCCUUUGUCUUUUGAAAUUUCCUACAAUUUGAUAAAACUCCCUUAAUUAUCUAGGUUGUUACUUAGUGGUGGGUGAUUAACAUGCACAUCGUACGUGUAUGUAUCUUUAAGAUCAAUGGGAGUUAAGUUACUGUUCUAGUUUCAAAGUUCUUUUAAAAAAAAAUUAUUGCUUGGUUAUUGCAUUUUCUCAAUUUCCUCUUGUAAUUAUUCGUUAUAUCUUUCUACUUGAGACCAUUUCUACAUCUCUUUUUAGUUCAUUGCCUAGGAUCGAUCUCUUUGUGUCAAUUCGAAUGUCUUCUGGUAGAAGUUUUAUAUAUUACUAAUUAUAUCACUGUCCUUUAUUGGUGUAAGAAAUAUAGUACGAACUUUUUAAUCAAUUAAUAAAAGUACUUUUGGGUUUGAUAGUGAAUUAGCUUUCUGGUUGGUGUUGAGCUCGAAGUUGCUUUUCCCCCGUUCAUCCGUUUGCUUGCCAGAUCCUACCAUGACUUAGAGCAUGAUUAUUGGGGGUUCUUAGAAUGAGUUCUUAGCGGAAUAUAAGAAUCCGUCUAUUAACUUUUAACUAAAAAAAGUUAAGAACCGGCUCUUAAAACUCUUAUUUAAGAACUGGUUCUUAGCUUUUCUAAUUAAAAGUUAAGAGAAGAGUUCUUAUAUUCCGCUAAGAACCCCACCCUAAGAAUUCCUCAAUAAUCAUGCUCAACUAGGUUUCGUGUUCCAUUGAUCAAAGAUUUUAAAAACCGUAUAUAAAGAAACUUUAAACAGUUAUUGUAUUACCCAGUUAAAUUUCAAUUGAAAUAUACUAUAUAUGCUAUAACUAACAUCUCUGAAAAGUUGGAAAAAAAAGGAAAAACUGGACGGCUUAAAUCAGAUGGAUGCAUUAUCUUUAAUCUAGUGAGUCUAAGUUUCGUAAUUGAAUAAGCCACUAGAUUCAACACCUAUCUACAAUAUUGGGUUAAUAGAUCAAAUUAUUAGUCCAUACGUAACAUGUGAUUUGUUAAUUGGUGUAGAGAAUGUAAACAGACUCAUAGUAAUACAGCGCACUUAUGCCAAACUACCCCCCUACAGAACUAUGAUAAUUAGCUAUUUGAUCAUCACUUGCAUGGAUGUGAGUGUGACUUUCAUUCGUCUGUAGCUCUCCUCAUUUAAUAUUUUUGUCCUUAUAGCUUGUAAGUAUUAUACACAUUUACGGAUGACUGAUAUACUUUCAUAUACAUUACGUCCAAAUCGGUUUCGUUAUCCUUGUGAAUUGAUAUUUAAUGUGACAAUAUAUGUGUGAACUGACAAUGUUCUAUUAAUACCAAUAAUGAUUACCUAGUACUGGUGGUUAAAAAAAUAUGAUUACCUAGUACUGUUACGGAUUGCUUGAUUUAGGACAAGUUAAAAUGACAGAGGAGAAGAUGGAAGUUACUGAAAAAUUGUACAGUAGCUGACUCAUGACAUGUGAUAACUCGUUUAAUUUCAGUCUCUCUCGAUAAAAUUUGUUUGGUUAACUUUAAUAAAUCAGUUUCCAAUAACAGUAGUUGAUCCAAAAUUACGAGCACCCCCUCUUAUACUUUGCUUAAUCUGUAUCACUUCUUAUUUCGAAUAACUCGUAGGAUUAGCCUAUGGUUUUCCUUUUAGAGUUACCUCUUCUCUAGCCAUAAUUUUCUGUAACUAAUUUUAGUAACUUUUGUGUUUCUUUUUUUUCAUAUUCACGUACUGAUGAGUGAUGACACAUAUGUGAUAUGUGGUUCCGUACUUCUGUUGGUACGUAUAGUUAUCCUCACAUGUCAAAUGCUAGGCAGUUAUUAAUUACCAUAGGUGAAGUUUGAAAGGAUAGUUAGCGAGUAAAAUAUUAAUUAAUUAUGUUGAAAAAGGGAAAAUAAUAGGGCAAGAAGCACGAAGAGUCCCAAAGACUCGACACAUCAUAUUGUGAAGUCUAUGAUCAAAGUGAGAGACUAUUG